CCUAAUUUCCUCGUCAUGGUCGCUCUAUUCUAUCGACGGCCUGCGAUAAAAAAAAAAACUUUUAAUGGAAAUACAUCUGCGAUUGUAGUGGCAAGCCAUGAAUUCUUAUUAGAAAUGUUUCACUUUUUCAACGAGGAACACGUGUUUUGUGACCUGACAGUGGAAUAGACCUCCUCAGGUCCUGGCAGUGACCUAAAACUUUUUUUUCGUAUUUUAAGUUCACGACAUCCGUAUGUAGGCAAAUGAAUGUGAAUGUGUGUCGGAAGUUUGAGGCACCUGUAUAUAAAUGAACACUGCAGUUGCCUUCUGUUUGGAGGAUAUUCCUUUAGACUUUUUGUUUGUUGUGCACAAUUAUUUAAGGAUCUCUGGAUUGCCUGCGGAGUUUCGGGUUGCAGCUUUUGAGAUCAGUAGAAGGCGGACGGAAACCUGCAAAUUACAGAAGUUAUUCACAAACGAGUGAAGUAGUGUUCGUGGUAUCCGAGGUCUGAAGUUCAUUGGGAAGGAGAAAGGCCCGCCAUGAGGAGCCGGAGUAACUCCGGAGUCAAACUUGACAACUAUGUUCGGAUUGUACAACAAACCAUCCUUCGCUACCAAGACCCAGUGACGGGGUUGCUACCGGCGAGUAAGGAGCAGCCGGAUGCCUGGGUGCGGGACAACGUGUACAGCAUCCUGGCGGUUUGGGCCUUGAGCCUGGCGUAUCGCAAGAAUGCUGACCGUGAUGAGGACAAGGCUAAAGCCUACGAACUGGAGCAGAGUGUUGUCAAGCUCAUGCGGGGAAUUCUACAGUGCAUGGUGAGGCAGAUCGACAAAGUGGAGCGUUUCAAAUAUAGUAAGAGCACCAUUGACAGCCUCCAUGCCAAGUAUAAUACACACACCUGUGCCACAGUAGUAGGGGACCAGGACUGGGGACACCUGCAGGUGGAUGCUACAUCCCUGUUCCUCCUCUUUCUGGCACAGAUGACUGCCUCAGGAUUGCACAUUGUGUACACUCAGGAUGAAGUGGACGUGGUGCAGAACCUGAUGUUCUACAUUGAGACUGCAUACAAAAUUGCUGAUUAUGGUAUGUGGGAACGAGGAGACAAGACUAAUCAGGGGAUCCCUGAGAUAAAUGCCAGCUCUAUCGGCAUGGCUAAGGCUGCACUGGAAGCCUUGGAUGAACUGAACCUGUUUGGUGCCAAGGGAGGCCCCGGAUCUGUCGUCCAUGCGUUUGCAGAUGAUAUCCAGCACUGUCAGUCCAUCUUGAACUCCAUGCUACCAAGAGCAUCUACCUCAAAGGAAGUGGAUGCUGGCCUCCUUUCCAUCAUUUCCUACCCAGCCUUUGCAGUGGAGGACAUCAACAUUGUGAACAUUACUAAGGAAGAAAUCAUCUCCAAGCUGCAGGGGCGCUACGGAUGCUGCCGCUUUCUGAGAGAUGGUCACAAAACUCCUAAAGAGGACCCAAAUAGGCUCUAUUAUGAGUCAGCUGAGCUCAAGCUUUUCGAGAAUAUUGAGUGUGAGUGGCCUCUGUUUUGGACCUACCUCAUCCUUGAUGGGAUCUUCAUCAACAGUCCAGAGCAGGUUGAGGAAUACAGGGAGGCCCUUGAUGGGAUUCUGAUCAAGCAAAAGGAUGGGAUUCGCCUGCUGCCGGAGCUCUACAGCGUGCCCCCAGACCGUGUAGAUGAGGAGUAUGUCAGCCCCCACUCAGUGCAGAGGAUUCCUAUGGGGAAGUGUCCCCUGAAGUGGGGACAGUCCCUCUACGUGUUGGGUAACCUUCUGGCUGAGGGCUUCUUGGCCCCGGGGGAGAUAGACCCCCUCAACCGGCGUUUCUCCACUAUCCCCAAACCUGACGUUGUGGUGCAGGUGUCAAUCUUGGCAGAGACUGAGGAGAUCAAGCAGCUGCUGAAGAAGCAUGGGCUUGAUGUUGAAAGUGUGGCAGACAUCUACCCAAUCCAAGUGCAGCCCUCAAGAGUUCUGAGUCACAUCUAUGCCCGACUAGGCCGUAACCCGAGACUCGGUCUAACCGGAAGACCAUACCGGCGUAUCGGUGUACUAGGAACCUCAAAAUUCUACUUGAUUCGCAACACGAUCUUCUCCUUCACUCCCCAGUUUAUCGAUCACCAUCAGUUUUACCUUGCACUGGACAACCAUAUGAUUGUGGAGAUGUUGCGCACAGAAAUCUCCUACCUUUCUUCCCGCUGGAGAAUGACUGGUCGUCCCACGGUCACCGUUCCGAUCUCCCAGACCAUGUUGACGGAAGACCACUCGGACCUGGACCCUGCGGUUCUGGCCACUCUGAAGAAGAUGCAGGAUGGCUACUAUGGAGGUGCCAGGAUACAGACAGGGAAGCUGUCCGAGUUCCUGACCACCUCCUGCUGCGCUCACCUGAGCUUCAUGGACAGUGGUAAGAGGCAUGAGGGCUCCAGCAUUGAUGAAGAAGACGACGUCUCCUACUUUGCUGGUGGAGCUGUGCAUGAGUUUCAGUUUGAUGAUGAGAAUGAUGACUUGGUGCAAUACUUGGAUCAGCUGUUGGCAACCACUGCACCCAAGUCCAGCCUGAAGGGCAGCAAGGUCAAGGGGGGUUUGAGCAGAUUCCGUGUGGCUGCAACCAAGACCAGGGAGAUAGUAUCGCUAGUGCAGAAGGCCAAGGAGCUGAACAUACAGAAUGUGCACAUGUACCUUCCAACCAAGCUGUUCCGGUCACGCCAACCCUCCCUGAACCUAACGCAUACCUCGGGACCUCAGGACGCUGUGGAGACACAGGCUGCUCAGCUCUCUGAAGGUAACCUGCCGAGGGAUGCAGCAGGAGACAUUGACUACCAGGCCUUGGUGCAGCUGCUGAAGGACACGGACAACCUGCAAGAUCAGGCUGACAUCCUCUACAUUCUCUAUAAAGACAAGGGCAUGGACUGGGACACUGGCCUACAUGGCCAGGACCCCACUGUAAGAUCCCUGCUGUCUGACCUGUAUCAGAGGGCAGGGGACCUCCGGCAGUGGGGCCUGGUGCGGAUGAUCUGUGGGAUGCUGCGGAAGAAGGUAGAGGAGCUGGAUGAGGCCUGCUCAGACUUGUUGGCUCAUCAGAAGCACCUGACUGUGGGGCUCCCACCUGAACCUCGCGAGAAGACCAUCUCCGCGCCCCUGCCGCCCGACCAGCUGGCCAAGCUGAUCGAAGAGGCGAGCGAGAACAACAUCACGGUGGCUGUGCUCACUCAGGAGAUCAUGGUUUUCCUGGCCAUGAACAUCCGCACACAGCCCAGCCUCUUCAGCGAGAUGUUCCGCCUCCGCAUCGGUCUCAUCAUUCAGGUCAUGGCCACGGAGCUGGCCCAGUCACUUAGCUGCUCGGGGGAGGAGGCCACAGAAAGCCUGAUGAGUCUGAGCCCCUCUGACCUGAAGAACCUUCUCCACCACAUCCUCAGCGGGAAGGAGUUUGGGGUGCAGAAGAGCGUGCGCUCCGUGGAUACUGGCGUCAGCCCGGCCAUCUCCAUCCAGGAAGUGGGUAACGUGGGCGCCACCAAAAGCGAGCGGGUGGGGAUCAGCAAGCUGAAGAGCGACAUAAAGUUGACCUUGACUCCAAAUUCACCGGACGUUGAGCACAUUGAGUCUGGGAGGUACAAACUCCCAUCAGUGGAGUCAUUUGACACAUCCCCCAUAUCUACGAUGCCCCGGGACAACCGGCAGGGUCAGUGGCUGCGUCGGAGACGUCUGGAUGGGGCACUUAACAGGGUGCCAGUCGGCUUCUACCAGAAGGUGUGGAAGAUCCUGCAGAAGUGCCAUGGCCUAUCCAUUGAGGGGUUUGUCUUGCCAUCAUCAACCACACGUGAGAUGACCCCUGGUGAGAUUAAGUUUGCAGUGCACGUGGAGACUGUGUUAAACCGCGUUCCACAACCUGAGUACCGACAGCUGCUGGUGGAGGCCAUCCUGGUGCUCACCAUGCUGGCAGAAAUUGACAUACCAAGUAUUGGCAGUAUCAUCCACGUGGAGAAGAUUGUACACAUUGCCAACGGCAUGUUUUACAAAGAUCAGAAAGAUUUUGGGGCUGAUGAAAGUCUUUUGGAGAAAGACCGGUCCAACGGUAUCUGCAGGCUACUGUAUGAUAGCGCGCCCAGUGGCCGGUUUGGCACCAUGACGUAUCUUGCCAGGGCUGUGGCCACCUACGUGCAGGACUUUCUGCCCAGUGGUUCCUGUGCAAUUCAGUGAAAUGACAUAACUACUCAGGUCUCAGUCUUGAAAAAACUUCUUUCAAGAUGGAGGUUUGGACAAAGGUUUAUGUGCCUCAUCCAGACAUUCUCUAUGGAAAUGAUAUUGUGGCUUGCUUUGUGUGCUGAUAAGCAAACCUACCUAACUGCAACAGAAUUAAGUUAAUUUUAAUUAUACAUUAACUAUCCCUAAAACUGCUAAUAGGAAAUGUUUUAUAGUUCUGUUAAUACAGGAAGUAUGUCUUAAGCUGCAAAUGGUACGUGUGUUUAUCCUUAUUUUGCAGACGGUUACUUCAAGGAGUGAAUAGUGAUUUUAUUAUGCAGUUCUUCAAGGUGAUUUCACUAAUAUUUUGUUGUUCAAAAGCAUUUUUCCCCCCAACAUAACAUUUUAAACUCCUUUCAUUGCGUAGACCUAUUAAUAAUAGGUUAAUGAUUUAGAAUUCAAAAGUGCAUUCAGUUCUAACCAGUGCAAUAAGGAUAAUUUUGAAAGAUGUUACAUAGGUGUGUGUGUGUUUCAAAUGUAGUUAUAUAAGUAAUCUGAAGUCAAGACCUAAUUUAACAUAUUACUGCUUUGUGAUGUAUGCGUUUGUUUUAAAUGGCCAAUGGAAGAUUAUGAUAGAUAAUGUAUUUUGAGUUACAUUCUUGUUUUCAGAAAAUUAAGUAUCCUGUUGAGUAAAAAACAUGAUUUUACUCUGUCACACCAUUGUCUAGUUGUAAGAUGUCAUUCAAGUUUCAAAUAACUAUGAGAAAGUCAUUUUAAUGUUUAUGUUUGACUGAAACUGUGUGUCUGUAAUGCGAACAAAAUAAAAUCUGAUCUGCUUUGUUCAUUA